UCUGGAAGUUGUCGCCAUCAUAAGUGGCUAAAUGUUGAGCUAGCUCUGAAGUAGUCGGCUGCAGUGACGUUAGAUACACUUAUUAGCAUAUUAAACUUCUUACUGAGUCGUACGUGGCGCUUUUGCGAUCGGUUGUGUUGUUAUUUACCAGUAAACACGAUUAGUUGUGUUGUUUACUCACACCAGAGGCAGGAGUUGUUUUUACAUUAGCAAGCCUGGAGUCUUGAGAAGCAGCGGAGAGAGAGGCUGGGCUGUUAAAACUGUCGCUGGCUAGCAAGGUGCAAUAAUCGACGCUUUUAUUUAAUUAAUUUGCGACUGUAAGCGCUGCUUGCACGUUCUCCGGCUGCUUGUUGCUUUUCGUAACGAGCCAAGGAGUUAGCGGCGCCACAAAGCGAGAAUCCGCAUCUCCGCUGACGGAAAGACUUCAUGCUAACGGGGGGACUUUAAAGCUUGCUAGGUUUGAUCUGUCACUGUUGAGUCUGAUAAACUGGAGCUGUCAUCGUUACGUUUACCAACUAACAAUGUUUGUGAACGUCAGGCCCGCAGGCUGUUGGGCCUGAGAGCUGAGGAGGAUGUCUGAGGGAGAGAACAAGCAGCAGGCCCCGGACAGCAGCCAGGAGCCGAAGCCGGAGUCCGGGGCCUCUGCCCCCGCGGGCCCCGGAGUGUCUCCGCCGGUGUCCGCCGUCUCCCAGCCCGCCGCCGCCACGGAGGACGACGAGGAGGAGAGCGAGGACGAGUCCGAGAUUUUGGAGGAAAGUCCGUGUGGACGCUGGCAGAAACGCAGAGAAGAGGUGAAUCAGCGUAACGUGCCAGGGAUCGAUAAUGCUUACUUGGCCAUGGACACGGAGGAGGGCGUGGAGGUGGUGUGGAACGAGGUCAUGUUCUCGGAGAGGAAGAACUUCAAACUACAAGAGGAGAAAGUGAAAGCUGUGUUCGACAACUUGAUCCAGCUGGAGCACUUGAACAUCGUGAAGUUCCACAAGUACUGGGCUGAUGUCAAAGAAAACCGAGCCCGGGUCAUUUUCAUCACGGAGUACAUGUCAUCGGGAAGCCUCAAACAGUUUUUGAAAAAGACGAAGAAAAACCACAAGACCAUGAAUGAAAAGGCCUGGAAGCGCUGGUGCACACAGAUCCUGUCCGCUCUCAGUUACCUGCACUCCUGUGAACCGGCCAUCAUCCACGGCAACCUCACCUGUGACACCAUCUUCAUCCAGCACAAUGGCCUCAUCAAGAUCGGCUCAGUUGCUCCUGACACCAUCAACAACCACGUAAAGACCUGUCGGGAGGAGCAGAAGUGUCUUCACUUCUUUGCUCCAGAAUAUGGAGCUGUUGCCAAUGUUACCACAGCCGUGGAUAUCUACUCCUUUGGAAUGUGCGCCUUAGAGAUGGCUGUGCUGGAAAUCCAGAGUAAUGGAGAUUCGUCCUACGUGUCCCAAGAAGCCAUAAACAGUGCCAUCCAGUCCUUAGAAGACCCACUGCAGCGGGAAUUCAUCCAGAAGUGUCUGGAGGUCGACCCCAACAAGCGACCCACAGCCAAGGAGCUGCUGUUUCACCCAGCCUUGUUCGAGGUGCCCUUACUCAAGCUGCUGGCAGCACACUGCAUUGUCAGCCACCAGCACAUGAUUCCAGAAAAUGCUUUAGAGGAGAUGACGAAGAACAUGGACCCAAACCUGGUGAUUGUUGAGGCCAAGGAGGGAGUUCAGAUGAAACUCUCCCAGUUUCCUGCCCUCGAGCUUGAUAAGUUUCUGGAAGAUGUGAGGAAUGGGAUCUAUCCCCUGACUGCGUUUGGGAUUUCCCGUCCACAGCAGCCUCAGCAGGAAGCUGUAAAGCUGCCCGUAGUUCCCCCCUCCGUCAAAAGCCCGACACCUGAACCUGCAGAAGUCGAGACCAGGAAGGUUCUCCAGAUGCAGUGCAACAUCGAGCCCGUUGACGAGGGAACAAAACACCACCUGACGUUGCUGUUGAAGCUGGAGGAUAAACUGAACAGGCACCUGAGCUGUGAUUUGUUACCGAAUGAGAACGUGCAGGCGCUGGCCGUGGAACUCGUUCAGCUGGGGUUCAUCAGCGAGGGCGACCAGCCGCGACUCGCAUCCGUGCUCGAAGAGGCCUUCUCGAAGUUCUUCAGCCGGAACGGUUCUCUGAACCCAGUGACGGUUUCCUCGUAGUCGAGGACUCUCCAGGCCUUCUCUCAGCCCUCCUCGUCCUCCACAGCAGGACUAGCUUUAAGCUCCACGUCUGAGAUGCAGGGAAGCUUUGCGAGGACGAAGGAAGCAGCUUUGGUCCGACCGCAGAUCCUGCUUCCUCUUCUCGUAUGUUCUGGUGAGAAAAGCUGCCACUAAGUGGUUGCUGCCUUCUCCCCCCUCAGCCCCCAUCCAGUACAGCCAUCUGCUUCUCCUUCAAGAGGAAAUUCUAGUUGCAACUUCAUGGAAAAAUCCAAGUGCUUUGCCUGUUUGUCUCAUUUCUUUCAUGGUAAAGAAGUGAGUCAAAAACAGCAGCAGCGUUUUCCAUAAGUCAGUGUUAAAAAUUGUAUUUUAAACAUUUUUACUUAAACUCGUUUGAUAGAGUUGUCUUUGUUUGUCGUCCCGACGUGAUGAAGUGUUGCGAGUCUGGUUGUCGGGUCGGGUUUUUGGACACCACUGGAAAGCAUUAAGGUGGUGAGGAAACGGAAGCAGCGUCAAGUUUAUUUAGAAAUUCUCUUCAACUUUACAACAAAGUCAUUCAACUGAUCUGAUGAGCUAAAAUAUUUUAUUUAUUUUCCAGUUUGUCUCGUAUUCUUCAUUUCUGGCUCGAGGCUGGUGGUUGAUCGGACACUUUUAGCUGCAUUUUCUUUCAGUCGUGCCGUGACUUUCCGUUAAGAAGCCGUGGUCCAACUUUGAAACACGCCGCGCCCCCGCUCCACGAGUCGUUUUAUUUGGUGUCAUUUUACUCGAUUUUUAACUUCUGUUGUUGGACUCAUGUACGCUCUGUCUCUGUGCACAGAAUAAACUGGCUUUAGAGUUGGUUCAGUCGUCUUUUUUUUUUUUUUUUUAAGGAUUCUUUCACACUAAGAACUCAUUCUCUUCUCAAUGUAUAGAUUUUGUAGA